AUGGAUCUUACAAAUCAUACAACUGUGAGUGAAUUUGUUAUUGCAGGGUUUCCCAGCCUGCAAAAGAACAGAAUUCCUGUGUUUGUUCUGGUUUUAACUAUCUACUUGUUAACAGUGACAGGAAACAUGAUCAUAGUCUUCAUCACCCGAUAUGAAAUUUCUCUCCGUACUCCCAUGUACUUUUUCUUGGGGAACUUUUCUUUGCUCGAAAUCUGUUUUACUUCAGUCACUGUCCCAACAAUACUGGUUGAUCUCAUUAGAGAAAACAACAUUGUAUCCUUCACCAACUGCCUUGUCCAAAUAUAUUUCUUUCAUGCUCUUGGUGGAAUUGAAUGCCUUCUUCUGGCUGCUAUGGCAUAUGAUAGAUAUGUGGCUAUCCGUUCUCCUCUGAGAUAUAACAUCAUUAUGAGUAGUGUGGUCUAUGGCCAGCUUGCUGCCUGGUCUUGGGCCACUGGAUUGGUACUACCAUUGAUACCAGUAAUUCUCAUAUCUCAGCUCAACUAUUGUGGGACCAAUGUGGUGGAUCACUUCUUCUGCGACAUCUUGCCUUUGCUAAGACUGGUUUGCAAUAGGACCCAACUUAAUGAGAUGCUGAGCUUCUUCAUCUGUACCUUUAUUCUUGUUGGCUCAUUCACACUAACUGUGGUUUCUUAUGCUGCCAUCCUGAUCACUGUUAUGAGCAUUCGUUCUACAGAUGGACGCAAAAAGGCCUUCUCUACGUUUGCUUCCCAUCUGACAGUGGUCUGUAUUUUCUAUGGAACAAUGAUGUUUAUAUAUGUCCGACCCACUAGAAACCUCUCCUUCAAUAUGGACCAAAUAGUUGCUGUGUUCUACUGCCUGGUCACUCCACUCUUAAAUCCCAUUAUAUACAGCCUCAGGAACAAGGAGGUAAAAGAGGCACUUAAAAAAGUAUUCUGCAGAAAACGUGUAGAGUUGAAGUAA